GCCGUGAAUUUUCCGAUCGAUUUUAUAUUAUCACCAGCUGAUUCCUUGUAGUUUUCCGCCAUGUUUGCAAUGACAAAAUUUUUUAGACAAGCUUACACAUUUCCAUCAACCCCAAUGUUUUCUAAAGUGGCCCCAAUUUUACUGUUAGUCCUAGUAAAUAGUUUAGUCAAUUGUAGUGCUUUGCGUAUGAAACGUGCAGAUAUUGACCUACAGACCUGCAUUGACAACUUCGACAUACACAGAGACAAGAUAAUUCGUACUCAAGAUUCUCAAAAAAUGGGUGCGAAAUAUUUAACAGAGAUCGAUCUGGGAACGAGAGGAGAAUGUUUGAGGCUGUGUUGUGAAACAGACGAUUGUGAUGUUUUCGUUUUUGAAGAGAAGAAUUCUGGAAGCUGCUAUUUGUUUCAUUGCGGCCCACCGGAAGAUUUUAAAUGUAAAUUUACACACCAUGCCAACUAUUCCAGUGCAGUUUUGGCCAUCAAUCGACACCUACCAGAUCUUGAAAGUCAGAUAAAACUAACCAAACACGAACAGGAUUUGAGCAAACUGAGAAAACCCGAAAGCGAGCCAGAAGUGCUCCCUCAAGUGUCCGAAACCCGGCCCACCUCCUCGCCGCUUCCAGCAACCACGCCGAAACCCAAAGAAGUCUUCGCGACCCAAGUCAAGACGAGACCUUCUGAAGAGGCUCGGAAAUGCAGCCGAUAUCAAUUUGAAUGCCGAUCCACCAGCGAAUGUAUUGCAAUUUACAACGCUUGUGACGGUAUUCCUCAAUGUGCCGAUGGAAGCGACGAAGCACCGGAAUUGGGCUGUCCGGAUUCUCCCACAACGUCACAACCAGCACCAGUCCAUCUCAAUAAUCCGAUCCAACCCGCCAGAUAUGACCCCAAUAUUCCGCAGCAACAGCUCCAUCCGCUACUUCCAGGGUUAUCGCAACAAAAAAUCUAUCGACCUCAGUUAACACAAGAAGCUUUGGCUCAGCCUCAGAUGCAGGCGAUGCCUCAGCGGGAAGCCGAUUUUUUGAGGCCGAUUCCCAACACGCAAAAUAUCAAUUCGCGAGUACCGUUCGAAAAUCAACAAGUGGUUCAAUAUGCUCCUGCCCCGGUGCAAAUGCAGCCGAACUGGGGGCCGCAUCAGGAGCAGAUGGGGCCGCAAGUGCCGCAAUAUGCAGAUAAAAACAGCCACAUUUUCAAUCACAAGGAGACCGGCUUGCAAGUGCCUGAUGGCCAAGAAAUCAGGUAUAAUAAAUAUAAGGGAGCGAUGCAGUAUUUGCACCGCGCUCUGGGAUACUCGGGCGCAGGUCAAAUGCAAUAUGGGGAUCAGUACAAUCCGAAAAUUGGCAGUUAUUAUGACAAUUACAGGCAACCCAUUCAGCAGAAAAAUUGGGGCAGCGGCCCGGAAGAGCAAUACCAAUACCAGCAAGAAACCGGAAAUAAAGACUGGCAUCCGGAAAGCAUCCAAAACGAGCCUCCCAAAAAUGCCGCUUAUAAAACCACCUCACCGGGGCAUUCGGAAAAUAAAGAAAACCCAAUUCACGAGCAAGAAAAAAUGGCCCACGAGUUGAAGCAUUCCAAAGAGACGACGAAAGAACUCAAAAUAAAAAUCGAAAAACACAAACAGGCCAAAACCGAGCACUACCCUGACGUCGUGGCUUACAAAAUGGACGGGUCUGCCGAAGAUGGGGUCCCGGAAACGGCAAGCGGUGCCGUCUUAUCACUAACUCUAGGCUUAAUUAUCACUUGCGUAAUGGCACUUUUGAUUGGCUGUCGGCUGCGAGUUCGGCGACGGAUGCGGAAAGGCGGCAAGAGCUACGCCCACGAUGCUGACUACUUAGUAAAUGGGAUGUAUUUGUGAGAAGACAUUGAGCAUAUUGUUCAAAAAUUAGUUGUAAAUAGCUAGGAUAAUAAUCAUUAAAUAAUUAGAUUUGGUUUCCCAUUCGAUAUUAAGUGUUUACAUCUUUUGUAAUCGUUUUAUAUUUAAGUAGAAUGAAAUAUAUUUUCGUUAAUUGUC